UAAUCGAUAGUGUGAAACUCUCACCACACACAUAUUGUGAUACGAGUGCGUUGAGCAGCAAGAGAUUUAGCUUACCUUAGUAUGUACCUAUGACAUAUGCAACACGGAUUGUGAAUAGACUGUAGAACCUCGACAGCUGUGUUUAGUGAUCAUGAAAUAGCUGAUAAAAAUAUUGCCUCAAAAACAACAUGCUCUCUUGAGAGACAUUAGAAGUUUUGCCCCACCAAUAGAGUAGUAGAAGUUCCGUAGUACUCCGGUUUAGUAUUUAAGAUGCUGCUCAGUGAACCUGUUUAUUUCGUUUAGUCAUUCCACAUUGCUGGUAUUGUAAAAAUAGCCAUAGGCUAUUAGUUGCUUUUCAUCUGCCGUAUAUCUAAUUGCUAUCGCAAAUUACCUUUAAAAAAUCACAAUCCGAUUCACUUAAGAAGUGUUACUAGACAAAUAAUUUAAAAAGUGAUAAUUCUGUGUGAAAACAUCCCGUGUUUGGUGUACAUAUUCCCCGGAUCAACGUCAAACUUUACGCCUUGUGGUAGUUCGUGGAAGCAACCCAAGUAACCUUAUCUUUCAAGGCCACCGCUAUAGGUUGUGAAGUGAGUGAACUAUUUACUGAUUCGAACAUUGUUUCGUCUUGUGGAAAGUUGACAAUCAUUAUACAACCCACCGAUCCAUUGAAAAGUAUACAUCAAGACAAAGUGAAAAUGCUGUCCCAUUUGUUGAAGGAAAACAUUAACGUGAUUGUUAGCACCGGGAAUGUGCUAAAUGUGAGCGACCUUCGGAAGAAAGCAGGCCAGAAACCAACAGAUGAGUUGAUGGACUGCUUACGAUCCACAUUUGCCGAGGCGGAGAUCAUCGAUGCAACCGAAAAGCAACCCGGAUUGGUGACUCGCAAGAACGACGAUCUGCUGGAAAAGGUGAAAGAGCACAAGCGAACAGAUAUCAAGAUCGGAGCGAAAAUAUUUUUGAAUCACUAUUCGGAAACUUGUCUGACAGAUGCGGUUGAGAAAUUAUUCGAAUCGUUGAACGUUUCCUACUUGGAUAACGUGAUUUUGGCCUAUCAUCCACGAGUGCCAAACUCUGCCGAUAGGGAAUUGAAUGGUGAAGUGAAGGAAGGUGUGAUCGAGUGGGCCGUUGGAACUGAUAAUGCGGUAAAUAAUCUGAAGAAGCUUUGGAGCAGCUUGGAGAAGUAUGCGAUCGACAAUAAGAUUGGCCAGUUGGGAAUCGCCGACCUGGACGUGGAUUCAUUAAAAAAUCUCUACGAGGCAUCGACCGUGCAUCCAUCAAUAACUCAGAUUAAUUUGGCGGCUUGCUGUGUAGUACCACCUCAAUUGCAGGAGUAUUGCGGAAAGAAUGACAUUCAACUGUUGACCCAUAGCGAUCCACAAGAACUUCUACCACGUCAAGUGUUGGACGAUCUAGAACUGCGUGCGUAUCGAGCUACAUGGACAACCCGUUAUCAAGUUCACAUCAAAUGUCGCGGUGUUCUGGCAGCCAAGGGAUUCAUUGUCGGUUUAACUAGAAAUUAAGUGUGUUAGAAGUUGUUGCUACAUAGUCAGUGUAAUUCAUCGGUUGGUCGUGUUAAUUAGGGUAUGUUUUAGUUGGACAGAAUAGGCUUUCACACUGUAACAGUCAUGGGCACAGUUACAUUUCUAGAAUCGUAGUACAUGAACUAAACAACAGAAUGCUUAUGAAAGUCAAAUUGGCAUACUCGUGACAUUCGUGAUUUUUAUGAGUGAGAAUCGUUUACUCUUGAAAAUUGUUAUGAUAGUUACGGCCUUCACUGUCAUCAUGAAAUAAAAAUAAUCAGUGGUUUAUGUCUCGGCUCUAGGCAUUCGCUUUCUCACUAUACGAAUAACAUGCAAUGUUGAAUACAACUAAUUGAUUCGCAAGUACCUCUGCAAGAAGUAUCGAUGUUAACGAACGCUAGGUGGCAGUUUUGCAUUAAAUACAAGAACGUGUAGAAACUAUGUGAUGUAGAUGAUAUAUACAACCACCACAUUCAGAUAGGCACGUGGACUAUAAUGGUAACCACCACAACGGAAUAAUACUAGGAGUAUAUUUCAGGGACUUUUUCGUUGAAUGAUGUAUUAAAAUAUAGUUAUUACUACUACUGAGAGUAAAAACGGGAACCAGUUAACAAAACAACUAGGUUUUUAUUUUAUUUUGUAGGUAAGCUUCUGAAAUCUUAACUAUUCAUGCAUUUUUAGUUAUGUUGUAACCGCUACGAACAAAGUGUAUUGUUUGUUAAUUAUUUUUAUACAAUUUAAUCGCAAAGACUAUUUUUGAUAGGGACUUUUCACAUAAUUUUAGACACGAAGAAGUAUAUAAAGAAGAAAAGAACACGAAAGAAGGGUAAAAUAAAGAUUUAGUAUACCGAAGGCUCAAA